AUGCAGCGAGCAGCACAGCAGCUAGACUGGAAUAUCUAUCGUGAGAUUGGCGAGGGUUUUGACACGCCGUCUGCUGUGCUCAAGUCGCGGGAGGCGAGGACCUUCGAUCGCCGCAGUGAAGUGCUGCAGGCACUCUCCGUGCCACGCGAUGACACGGUUCUGCAUGCUCUGCAAAUCAUGGACGCAGAACGGCUCACAAUCUGUCCAGCUACCUCUCAAGAACUCUCCGGUGACUUGGGUGGAGCAGUUGCUGUUGGCGUUGUGGCCGUUGCAGACCUGAAGCUGGUUUUCGAAUCUGAUGAGUAUCACGUGCUAGACUAUAGCAUCGAUGAUUUCUUGUCCUGGAGACAGCAUGUUGUGGCUGAGGAUUCUGCGAAGGUGGUUCGCUACCGCAGUCUGCGUCGAUUCAACGUAGUAUCUGUUGACCACCACGAGACCUUACAUGUACUUGCCACACGCCUUCUCGCCUCCAAGCUGCAGCGAAUCUUCUUGUCCUCCAACGAGAUUGCUCGUAUAGUGGGUAUCGUCUCGUCGCGGGAGAUUUUGAUAGAGGUGGUUGAUCAGCUGCUCCAUACGACUUCCUUGAGCUCCCGCUUUGAUGGCAGCCUCUGGACUUCCCGGCUGGAUUUGGUAAUGGUUUGA